AUGGCUCAGCGCUUCAAAGGAAGCAACCUCUUCUUUACAGCCCUGCUCUGCCUGGCAGGCCAGGGCCUCGCCGUGGGAGUGGGCGACAUGCUGGACAGGGCGUCUCAGCUGUCCGACAAGCUUCACUCCCUCAGCACCUCCCUCACCAACGAGCUGGACACUCAUUUUCCUCCGAUGGGGAAGAUUCUGAUGCCACGCCCAUCCAUGUGCCACACAGCCGGCCUACAAACCCCUCAUGACAAGGACCAGGCGUUACGGGUGCCGGAAUCGGAGCUGUUGUCCCUGGCCCGGGCGCUCCUCCUCUCCUGGAACGAUCCCCUGGUUCUGCUCUCUGCCGAGGCCCCCGCGCUGUCCCAUCCGCACAAUGGCGCCAUCUACAGCAAGACCAGGGAACUGCAGGAUCAGUCGAACAACCUGAGCUCAGGACUGGACAGACUGGUGCACAAGAUCGGCUCCUCCUCCGAGUCUCUCUCUCCCCUCCCCUUCAAAGGCGGCGACUUUGGCGACGACAAGAACUCGCGCCUCAUCAACUUCUACUUCCUGCUGUCCUGCUUCCGCCGAGACUCCCACAAAAUCGACAGCUUUCUGAAGCUCCUCCGCUGCCGGGCGGCCAAGCAGGACCGCUGCUGAACGGAGGCGGGGAACGGUCGCAUUCGGCCCACAGCUCAGCUUACCGCGAGCUCGGCAACUCCAGG